AUGGAAAUGGUAAUGGAUGUUAAGGCUGUAAGACUUGUACUUUUCCUGAACAAGGUUUAUCUUUUUAUUAUCUAGAUUAUGGUUUUUAUUGCUAAGCAGGAUAUUCCGAUAGUAGAUAUAAUGUUAAAUAUAAUCGUUGCCUAAAUGAUAAAUCAACCAAAAAGAAAUUACAACAAGAGAUAAUGA